CCCGCGCUCCGGCCGCCCGGGCGGGUGGGGGAGCGGGUCCGACUCACAGUACGCGGCCGGGCGGCGCGGUUGGGGAGCGGGCCCCGCGGGGCGGGGCGGGAGCCGCCGCGACCAUGUCGGACCCGGCGCCCAAAGUUCCCGAGGAGAUGUUCAGGGAGGUCAAGUACUACGCGGUGGGCGACAUCGACCCGCAGGUUAUUCAGCUUCUAAAAGCUGGGAAAGCUAAGGAAGUGUCCUACAACGCACUGGCCUCCCAUAUAAUUUCAGAAGAUGGGGACAAUCCAGAGGUUGGAGAGGCUCGGGAAGUCUUUGAUUUGCCUGUUGUAAAGCCAUCUUGGGUGAUUUUGUCCGUCCAGUGUGGAGCUCUCCUGCCCGUAAACGGUUUUUCUCCAGAGUCAUGUCAAAUUUUUUUUGGAAUCACUGCCUGCCUCUCCCAGGUGUCGUCUGGAGAUCGAAGUGCCCUGUGGGCUUUGCUUACCUUCUAUGGGGGGGACUGCCAGCUGACCCUCAACAAGAAAUGUACACAUUUGGUUGUUCCAGAACCAAAAGGGGAGAAAUACGAAUGCGCUUUAAAGAGGAUAAGCAUUAAGAUCGUGACGCCGGACUGGGUCCUGGACUGCGUGUCCGAGAAAGCCAAGAAGGAUGAAGCACGCUAUCAUCCCCGCCUGGUUAUCUAUGAGGAGGAGGAGGAGGAGGAGGAGGAGGAGGAGGAGGCGGCAGAAAACGAGGACCGAGAAUCCCACAAUGAGGGCAGUUCAGACGAGAAAUCAAGCCCUGCCAGUUCUCAAGAGGGGUCCCCCUCAGGUGACCAGCGGUGUUCGCCCAAGUCACACACUGAAAAAGCCAAAGGGGAACUGAUGUUUGAUGAUUCUUCGGACUCGUCGCCUGAAAAACAGGAGCGGAAUUUGAACUGGACGCCCGCCGAAGUCCCUCAGACAGCUGCGGCCAAGCGCAGACUGCCCCCUGGGAAGGAGCCCGGGCUGAUUAACCUGUGCGCCAGUGUGCCGCCCGCCCCGGGUAGCGUCUUGCCACCGGAGGUCCGGGGCAGUCUAAUGGCUUCAGGACAAAAUCUCCAAAGUUCUGAGAGAUCGGAAAUGAUAGCUACCUGGAGCCCAGCUGUGCGGACCCUGAGAAAUAUUACCAAUAAUGCUGACAUUCAGCAGAUUAACCGACAAUCAAAUGUAGCACAUAUCCUGCAGUCACUCUCGGCGCCAACGAAGAGCCUAGAGCAGCAGGUGGUGCCCGGCCAGCAGGGCCACACCAGCGCCAGUGCUGUUCUCUUCGGCCAGGUGAAGGUGGCCGCAGAGCCGCAGCCGCAGCCCCCGGUGCUGCACCUCCCAGCCCAGCAGGUCCUGCAGCUCCAGCAGCCGCAGCCGUACCCCCAGCCGCAGCCGCACCCUUUCCCGCCACCACAGGCCCAUCAGCACCCCUUCCCGCAGCAGCAGGCCCUGCAGCAGCAGCUGCAUCAGCUGCAGCAACAGCAGCUGCAGCAACAGAUGCAGGCACAGCUGCAGCACCAGCAGCACCCCCUGCAGCAGCCACAGCGCCUGCACCCGCAGCAGCAGCACCUGCACCCGCAGCAGCACGCGCACCCGCAGCAGCAGCACCCGCAGCAGCAGCACCCGCACCCGCACCCACAGCAGCAGCUGCAGCACCCGCACCGGCCCCUGCAGCUCCCGCUUCCGCUCUUCGGACACGACCCGGCCGUGGAGAUUCCAGAAGACUGCUUCUUACUGGGAUGCGUGUUUGCGGUCGCAGAUUAUCCUGAGCAGAUGUCUGAUAAACAGCUGCUGGCCACCUGGAAAAGGAUCAUCCAGGCACAUGGCGGUGCUGUGGAUCCCGUGCUCUCCGGUCGCUGCACACACCUCCUCUGUGAGAGCCAGGUUAGCGGCAUGUAUGCACAGGCGAUUAGAGAAAGGAAGAGAUGUGUUACCGCACACUGGUUAAAUACCGUCUUGAAGAAGAAGAAAAUGGUGCCGCCUCAUCGAGCCCUUCAUUUCCCGGUGGCGUUCCCCCCAGGAGGAAAGCCGUGUUCUCAGCACAUUAUUUCUGUGACUGGAUUUGUCAACAGUGACAGAGAUGACCUAAAGCUAAUGGCUUACCUGGCAGGUGCCAAGUACACAGGCUACUUAUGCCGCAACAACACGGUGCUCAUCUGUAAAGAACCCACUGGUUUAAAGUAUGAAAAAGCCAAAGAGUGGCGGAUACCGUGCGUGAACGCCCAGUGGCUGGGUGACAUCUUGCUGGGGAACUUUGAGGCCCUGCGGCUGAUCCAGUGCAGCCGCUACACCGCCUUCAGCCUGCAGGACCCGUUUGCCCCCACCCAGCACCUCGUUUCGAAUCUUCUGGAUGCUUGGAGAGUUCCGUUAAAAGUGUCAGCAGAGUUGUUGAUGGGUGUUAGACUACCUCCCAAACUAAAACAGAAUGAAGUCACCAGCAUCCAGCCUUCUUCCAAGAGAGCCAGAAUUGAAGAUGUACCACCUCCCACUAAGAAGUUCACACCAGAAUUGACCCCUUUUGUGCUUUUCACUGGAUUUGAGCCUGUCCAAGUUCAACAGUACAUUAAGAAGCUCUACAUUCUUGGAGGCGAGGUUGCUGAGUCUGCGCAGAAAUGGAGAAACCUGGCUUCCGACUUCCUAAAAUACUUCCUUGAAUCACCGGCCUGUCUGCCACCGGUGUCCCGCCCGAGCCGCCCGCCCAUCCCGCUGUGCCGCACACUGCCCUCUGCCCGGCUAGUUCUGUGGCCAGUGUGCCUGUGUGUGGGUGUGACCUCAGGGCCUGUGGCCACUCAAGGCCUGGUGUUCCCACCAGGGGGAAUGGCUCAGGGGGUCUGUGAGCUCCCGGGAAAUAGCAUGUGGUGUGCAGGCGGGCUCUGGGUGGGUGCCGGGACGGAAGGGGGUCCCCUGCCCCCAGCAUGUCUCUUGCAGAGGAGUCAUGCCCUCAGAUGGCUAAGAAGCGCUGCCCUAGGAGGGAUGCCUGCCUGCCUUCCUUUGGCUGUUUUGAGGAGAAAGUCCUGGAAUGGGAGCGAGCAGAGGUUUGCAGACAGGCGAGCGCCACAGCUGGCACAGACUUUCUGGGGGGGCUGCACCUGGUGCCCCUGGCGCCCCUGGCCUGCACUCUGCAGGCGUGUGCUCUGUUUUCCAGACGAGCAGAGCUACCUUCUCCGAGACGCCGAGGCAGAGGUGCUCUUCUCCUUUAGCCUGGAGGAGUCCUUGAAAAGGGCGCGCGCUUCUCCGCUCUUUAAGGCAAAAUAUUUUUACAUCACACCUGGAAUCUGCCCAAGUCUUUCAACUAUGAAAGCGAUUGUGGAAUGUGCCGGAGGGAAAGUAUUAUCUAAACAGCCAUCUUUCCGGAAGCUCAUGGAACAUAAGCAGAAUAAGAGCUUGUCAGAAAUAAUUUUAAUAUCCUGUGAAAAUGACCUUCACUUAUGUCGAGAGUAUUUUGCCCGAGGAAUAGAUGUUCAUAAUGCAGAGUUUGUUCUAACUGGAGUGCUUACACAAACACUGGACUACGAAUCAUAUAAAUUCACCUGAUGGCAUCGGCUGCAUGUGCCCAGAGCCCCGGAGCUCAGGUCUGGUUGUGUGGCAGCUGCCGUGGCAGCCAGUGUUUCCACCAGAUGCCCAUUUUCCAGCUGCUUUCUUUGGUGACAGCAUUUUAAAGCAGGAAGAUAAAUGUAAUAAGUAUGAUGCAUCUUAUUAAGAUGUGUAAUUUUAUUCUGAGGAAACUUAAAUUAUAUUUUGUAUUAUAUAAAUUUAAGAGCCCACAUUAGGUUUUAUGAUUCAUUUACCAGGUUUUUAAAUGUUUUCAAAGCACUGUUUCAGAAUUUCAGCUACAAAUAAAAUGGUGUAAAUAAAGAUCUUCUAUCUCUAAACUAUGGAUGUUAAAAAGAUUUGAAAUGUUUUGUACUUUAUUUUUAUUUCUUAUACUCUUUUCUUUUAUAUUGGUAUCUUGCCCACAUUUUAAAUAAAUGUACUUUUGAACUUA